UCAAGGGGACUAACCGAUACCAAAUGAUGGACAACUUGGGUUGUCCAAAUACUAUUCACGAUGUGGUGCUACCAGUCUUAAGUAUCGCCAUUGUAAUAUUGUUGAUAAUUCUUUUGAUAUUCAUCCUUUACGUUGCCUUUAUCAAGAGAAAGAAAGGUCGACGGCGUGAGGAGAAUGAAGAUGAUGGAGAAUUUCGGAUGCAUCUUACAAAUACCAUGAAUCGUCACAAACAGUCGAUCGCAUCGAUGCCUCGUCUACAGCAAAUGGUUAAUGGGAAUAUUAAGGCAAUAUCUCCGUAUGUACCAGAACAUGAGGAUGAAGAGUUCCAAAACGGCUCUCAUCUAGGAUGUAGCACUUGUGAUGCUGACUCGAGUUUCCAAGGAAUAGUCGUGAAAGUGUCUGGCGAACAGCAUGGUUUAAUAACCCCGAAUAGUUGUGGGAGCGGUCGCCUAGAUCAUGAGUUAUCAGCAUUGUUACAGACCGAUAUGAAAGAAGAUGUAAUUACCAAAAUUGAAGGUAAACUCCUGGUUGGCAUAUCGAGGGAGAUUGACGACGCAGGAGGAACUUUAGUUCUGGACAAAAUGGGAGUUUCUCUUCUCAUUCCACCAUGCGCCAUCCCUCGCGGUAUGAAGCAAAUUAUUCAGUUGAUACUUAGCUGGGACGGAAGCGAUUCCCCACCAGUGACAGAUACACAGAGUCUUAUGAGUCCUAUGGUUCACUGCGGCCCACAUGGACUGAAGCUGGCAAAGCCUGCCAUUUUAAGCUUCAUGCAUUGUGCAGAUGAUGCCAGAGACAUCGUGGUGUUGUCCAGCGAGACACACUUGACACAGGACAAGCAUUGGAAACCCAUCCAGUAUCGGAAGAAAUGUGGGAAGAUUGAAUAUGCACUCCUUGAAAACCAAUGUCAAGUGUACCUAUCUCAUUUUUCAAUGUACACCUCUAUCUCUCAAGGGACACAUUUUAAGUUGACAAAGAAGUGGAUUCAGCUGGCUGCGUUCGGAAAGAAGGAGGGAGGACAGUUUCAGACAUUCAUCUACAUGCUCAACAACACGCCGUGUGCUCUCCAGUUUGCAACCUAUCAACAAGCGAAGCAUGACUGUACUAUGAUACGAUGCCCCUUAGAAUUCUUGAUGGAUGAAAAGGGAGGAGAUCUUAUUUUCGACUUGGAACACGUGAGUGAAGGAUGGAACCCCAUAGGGCGCAAGUGGGAGGAUAUCGGUCUUCUUACAGACAUCUGGAAAGAAAAGUGCAACAACGUCUCAUUUACAUUCAAACACGACAAUCCAUCAUGCAUCGAUCUAAACUUCAGUAUCUGUCUCUAUCAGAAGGGCAUGCCAGACGUUAAGAGACACUUCGAAGUUGCAAUGUCCUUCCCCAGUAAGAACCCAAUCAAAAGUACUGGGAAUCAUUCACAUGCCACAACCAAUCUAAAUGUACAUGUCACACAGGCAGUGCCUUCGAUGGCCAUCAAUGGGUUUGAGAGUACGACUGCUAGGGUGCCAUCUCGUACAACUCCCAUCAAAUCGACAGAGGAUCGCAGAAAGGAUGAUCUCGUGGACAAUGAUCACAAUAAUGAGCAUUCGCUUGGCAGAGAUGGUGCUAAUAGUAGUACCGUAGUCGAUGAGGUUGAUCUAUCAAACACGAAAGGGAACCAAAAGGGUGACGAUAAUUUGCCGAUUGCCAAACAGGAUUCCGUUGGACAUUCUCAAACAAACACAACUAAUAUCAAUAUCCACACGGAGACGGUGGUGCAACCUUCUUCAAACAAUGGUUUUCACCGUGAUAUCCUGACUCUGCAAGGCGACCAACAUACUGCUGUCUUCCCUCUUCGGCUCCGAUCAAAGCUCACGGCUUUACUUGACCCUCCUAGCUCUGUCACAUCAUCGGUCAAUGACUGGCGUGUUCUGGCUGAAAGUCUUCAUCUGGAUGCAUUGGUGAGUCUCAUUCGUAUGAAGCCGAGUCCUACUGAGGAGUUAUUGGACGUCGCAGCGCAGAAAGGGAAGGACUGUCGGUGGCUCUACGGUGUUCUUCGUGACGCUGAAAGGUACGAUGCGGCGAACGAGGUUGGCAAGUACCUACAGGAUGGAAGCGAAUCCAUGAGACUAAAGAAUCAUAUGAAUGAAGGAGAUACUGAACCACGGAUACAAUAGUCUAGGAGACGCUUGCUUGUUGGUUUUUUGUCUCGCCUGCAUAGCAGAGCGAGACUAGACGACGCUUUUCCGACGGCGCACCGUCGGAAAGGCGGCG